UCGUUCUAUAAAUGUCGUCCAGACUUUGAUGGAACUCUGUUUUUGUUAUUCACUCAACAAGUGCAGCGGUGUUUAGGCCGUGGGUCGAUCGGGAACGCAGCACUUCGGCGUGAUCCUCCCCCCCUCCGCGCGCUCUUUUGUCCUCCCUCAGUCGGGGCGGUCCGCGGGUCCCCACUCUCCCGGCGGCCGCCUGCAGUUGGCGGAGGUCGGGUGUUUGGGCUCAGCUGUGGGGCGGGUCCUGCUCGCCUCUAACUUCGCUCUGCGCGCUCUCACUCACUUUCCCGAGUGCGCACGUGGACACACACUCUGCGCUGCCGCGGCCCUCGCGCUCUCUCCACGCUCGGCGGCGGUUAUGUCUCGCGCCCGAUGCUCCUGUCACCUGCCUGUUCCCUCGCGCUUCAGAGCCCUCGCGCGGAAGAAGAAACGCUUAGUCAACAGAGAUAACCGCAGCACCAUGCGCCGCGUCUAGACCGCGCGCCCCUCCACCUUCUUCUUCGCCUCGUCCCCCUCAGUCCUGCGCCCCGCGGCUCGACAAGUAUGGUCGAUAAGGGCCCCUUGUUGACGUCUGCCAUUAUCUUCUACCUGUCCAUCGGGGCAGCGAUCUUUCAGGUUCUGGAGGAACCCAACUGGAAGCAGGCUGUCAAGCAGUACCGGCUCCAGAAGGCUCAGAUUCUGAAGGACUUUCCCUGCCUCAACAGCCAAGACCUGGAGAAAAUACUGGAGGCGGUGUCUGAUGCUGCAGGUCAGGGAGUCACCAUCACUGGCAGCAACACCUUCAACAACUGGAACUGGCCCAAUGCGGUGAUCUUUGCUGCCACUGUCAUCACUACCAUUGGCUAUGGCAACAUCGCCCCUAAAACCUCUGCAGGGAGAAUGUUCUGCAUCUUCUACGGCCUGUUUGGCGUUCCUCUGUGUCUGACUUGGAUUAGCGAGCUGGGAAAGUUCUUUGGCGGCAGAGCCAAGCACCUGGGCCAGUACCUGACCAAAAAAGGCUUCUCACUGAGAAAAGCUCAGUUUACCUGCACCGCCAUUUUCCUGCUCUGGGGUGUCCUGGUCCACUUAGUCCUUCCACCGUUAGUCUUCAUGUCCCAGGAGGGCUGGAGCUACAUUGAAGGCUUAUACUUCUCAUUCGUCACCUUAACCACCAUUGGUUUUGGAGAUUUGGUCGCCGGUGUGAACCCAAACACAGAUUACCCGACUCUGUACCGCUACUUUGUUGAAGUGUGGAUCUACCUGGGCUUGGCUUGGCUCUCUCUCUUCUUUAACUGGAAGGUGCGCAUGGUCAUCGAGGCCCACAAGGCUCUGAAGAAGCGCCGCAAGCUGCGCAAGCUCUCCCUGGAAGAGUUGCGUCACUACAAAGAGUCUCACAAGGCCUCCCUCCGCCUGCCUCCCACGCCCAACGACGUCAAUAUCUUUGGCUUCCUGUCGAAGAAGCAGGAAGGCUACAACGACUUGAUCAAGCAGAUCGGCAGCAAGAGCGGCAGCAGAGGUGACGCCGCCAAUGCCAAAGGCAAGUGCAAGGAAAUGGCUCGCUCCAAGAGCUGCAACGACGCGGCCACCUUCAACGGGCACACCAUCCUGAGCCUGGACCGCUCGCCCCGACAGAAGCGGCGCUACAGCUUCAGCGACCGCGUCACCGACGCCAUUUCCAAGUCAAAGAACUACCUCCUUCGUUCCGACAAUGGUCCACUGUUGACAGAGGACCAGGUGGAGGCCGGUGGCGAACUGGACCCGCAGCAGAUGUAUGUGAACCAGCUGGACAAGGACGUUGGCGUGGAACACGGCGGCGUGGACCAGUGCGGACGCGCUGCCCGAAGGACUUGGGAGUGUAAAGAUUACCAUUCCUGCUCUUUUCAAGCUGCUAACAUCACCUUCAUUGACGAGGAGAACUAUCUGGGGAACAAUCUGGAAGACGAGGAGGAGGAGGAGGACGACGACGACUCCAAAGCUAAAAUAUCCAUCACGACGUGCGAAGACAACAUGGAAAGCAACUCCAAAGAGGAGCACGGCUCGGAGUCUGAGGAGUCGGUGUUCACCAGUGAGGGGUCGCAGCACAGUCACUCCUACGAGACGCUCGUGGAAGAGUACGCCAAAGAAGACAACACUGAACCCUGAACCGUGGGCCCAGACUUGGUCUGGUGUGAACAUUUUAAUGUGAAGCCAAAGUCGAGCACUCAUUUCAAACGAAUGUCCUUUUUAAUGACCAAUCUUUUCUAUCGAUUUUAAGAGCUGAGCUUGAACAAUGAUCGACUGCGGAGCAUCAUGGGAGGAUCCUCAUGAGCGCCUGCUCCGCUCACCAUGCCGUUUUCUACUCCUAGUUGAUGUGACUUCAAAUGUGGAGGCCAUUUCACAUGGUUAGCGCCAAACAUAUACUCACCAUAUUGGUGUUUUCUCUGUGACCUAUUUAUUAAAUGAAGGAAGUCGUAGCAUUUUUAUGAAAUAGCUGUGUGUCAGAACGUUGCACAAGUGAGGAGCGUUGGAAGCCCUUCCCUGCUGCAGGCCUUGCUCACAGGCAGAAGGCAGCGGGGCUCCGGCCUAUCUCUGAUGGAGUUUCCAUGAAGUCCUUGACAUCUGCGGCAGGAGAUAGUUCCGUGUUUUGACUGCUCGUACCAGACGCGCCAGUGAUCUGGAGGUCAGACCUCCAUGUGUUAGCCGAGCCUCUGAGAGCCACAUCAUGGCAGCGCACAAUGGGAAUUUCCACUUUUGCCCCCCUCAGCACCUUCAGUCGAUUGUGUUUGUGGUGUAAACAUUGGCCGGGAGCCCGUCAGUAGUCACAGUGGCCUGGAUUCAGGACAUGGCCUUGCUGCCUGUGUUUGUCUUAGGGGGCUCGCUCCGGCACACCUGACUGAAGCGCCGCCGCCGCGUUGGUCGAUGGCUGCGCUCCUGACGUAGGAGACGCUUGAAGAGCUGCCAGAGGAGGCGGCGCCGCAGUGCCGCGCUCCCUGCUCCAGCCUUCACUUCCACCUGCCGCCUCUCUGCCUUUUGCACAUCUAGACUUGCACAGUUACUUGAAACAGUGUUACUCUGAAGCAGUUGGAGUGCCAAUCCAAUAUACUGUAGACCUGGCGGGAAUAUCCGCAGACCUUUGGAAGCACACCAUCCCCAGCCUGCCGUGUUGAUGUCACACCUGCCUUGACUCCAGAUGGCGUCCGCUCUCUUGAAUGUAUUCACUGAGGAAUGGUGACACUUAACACUGGGUGGGUUUGUCUUGUGACUGUCUGGUUUCUACAUUUCCGUCUUCUGCGCUGGUCCUCACGCGGCAGUGUUACGCAGCUCUGGUACUUGUCUGGUCCAUUUUCGAAGCGUGUGCCUAAAUGAUUGUCAAAACCAAUCGGUUCGGGUCAUUGACUCUCAUGUUGCUCCACUGUGUGAAAACUCCAGCCUGUGGUUUUAUAGAUGUAUGAUUAAAUUAUUCCUGAAUGGUUUUUACGAGAAUUUUGGACAAAACUGUGUACUUUGUGUAAAAUAAACUUUAA